GAUUUCACCGCAGCUUCAGCCGAACUUUUUCACGGUAAGACACUGAUUAUGUGUUCAGUUUACCAGAGAAAGUUCUACAAGGAGAAAAAAAAGAACUAACGGAAAAUCAGCUUUCAAACCAAUUGAAAUAUUACAGAAACAAAUUUAAUGUUUUGAUCAAAUAUAAUCAAAGCCACUGGAGAUUUCCUAGAAACUCCGAUGCACCUUUAAGAAAAAACCGUGUUUGUGUGAAUGGCUGAAAGAAAACCUGAUAGAAAAAUGUUGAACUUGAAAAGUUUUGACUGAGGUUUUGCUGUCGAUCCUUGACAUUUUUAGUUUCACUUUCACUUUACUGAACAGCUGAAACGUUUGACGGGUUGAGAAUCAGCCUGGAACAUAAAUCAAAACUCCACAGAACGAUGUGGGUUUGACCCAGAAUCGCAGAGCAAAUGUAAGUACUGAGUUACGUUGAAUAUUUAAUGGAAAACUGAUAAACAAGAACCUACUACGAACAAUGGCUGGAGCGAGAGCACCUGAGGACUGUGUGCAUGGAGAGAAGUGGAGAAUAAUGGGAGUGAAUGGAGCUGCUGUAGCAGCAGAACCUCCUGAUGAGGCAGGUCUGUUGGUCCAGAAACCGUAUUAAUCUGCAGCCCAGUGAGGAUCCAGAAUGAUCCUCCUGGACCUCAUCUUCUGUCAGAAAUAAAACCUUUAAUUAAUACGCAACACUGUAUUAUAGUUAUAAUGUGAGAGCGAUCUGACUGAUAACUGUACUGUGACUGAACUCAAAGUAAUAAAUGGGAAAUAUUUAAAGUGUGUUACACGGUAAUUAUCUGUAAAUGUAAACUUCCACAGGGGACGUGUGGAGAAACGGCGUCUCUGAGUGACUCUGGUCUGGACGGACUGACGUGUCGGCUGCUUCCUUUCAGUAUUUGGACCCAUCGUAAGACCUGAAUGAGGAAAACAGAAUGGGUUUUCAACGAUGGCUCGUCGUUCUAUUGUCCUUCUGGGACACACAGGAGUCGGUAAAAGUGCUUCAGGAAACACAAUUUUAGGACGAACAGCGUUUGAAUCAAGGCGCACCUUCAUAUCUGUGACCACCGAGAUAAAGGAAGAAACGGACACGGUGUUUGGCAGAGAGAUCUCAGUGAUCGACACUCCGGGGAUCCUGAGUGAAGGCAUAGAGACGGAGAUCCAAACCUUCUGCAAGGAGAACCUGGAUUCCUCAUCCUGCCUGUUUCUGGUUGUAGUUAAAAUAGAUCGAUUCACUAAGGAGCAGCAGAAAGCAGUGGACACCACCAUCACAGUUAUUGAACCAUACGGACUGGACCAAGCGUACUUGCUCUUCACUGGUGCCGAUCAUUUAGACGGGACACUUGAGGAGUUUAUCAACAAAGAAGAAAAAUCUCCAGAAUCUCCACUUCAGAGGAUCAUUCGAAAGUUUGAAGGAAGAUACUUUAGCUUCAACAACAUAAAUGGAGGACCGGAUCAGGUCAAAGAACUGCUCCAGAAGACAGGUAUCCUGUCUGCGCCUGAAAGUCUGGAGAAGAGAAAGAUUGUUCUGUAUGGACUCAGUGGAGCCGGGAAGAUUUCAUCAGGAAACACCAUUCUGGGAUCAAAAAAGUUCAAGUCAGAAUGUGGCUUUGAAUCCAGUAUCAAGAUGUGUGUCAGCAAGUCAGCCAUAAUAGGAAGUCAGGAAAUCACAGUGAUGGACACUCCAGGUGUGGAUGACAGCAGCAGGUCUCCUCAGGAAGUAGCUGUGGACAUAUUGAAGGCAUUACAUGGAGAACAUGUCCAUGCCUUGGUCAUAGUGCUAAAGAUUGGUAAACUUUCUAAAGAAGAUUGUAGCUUUCUUCAGUAUUUCCCAUCCAUGUUUGGCCCUGAUGCUUUAAGGUCUACUAUGGUGCUUUUUACUCAUGGAGAUGAUCUAGGAGGGGAGAGCUUUGAGGAGAAGAUCGGGGCCAGCAGAGACGUUUCUGAAUUGUUAAAACGGUGCGAAGGGAGAUACUGUGUGUUCGACAACACCCAGAGUAGAAACCGGCAGCAGGUUAGAAACUUCCUUCAGAUAGUCGAUAAGAUGGUUCAACAAAAUGGAGAACAACGCUGUGACAGAUUAAAGCCCACGCCUUUUCCACAAAGCUCACAGUCCAGGUCUGGUGGAAAUGCUCCAUCCGGUUAUGGGUCAACUGAUCCUAGAUCACCUGGUGAAGAGUCAUCAGACGAAAGCAUUUCCAGUUCUUGUUGCCUUUGUCAGUGUCUCAGAUAUUUGUUUUGUGGAUGUUGUCAAUCAGGGCGAAAUGGCUACGAGUCAAUUAAUUAAAGAGCAUUUCAUAAAGA